UCAACACAUAGUCCAAGCAUAGUUUUAGCAACGUUUGUAUGAUACCUUCCAUUCUUCCACCGCUAGCUAGUUUCUUUCUCUCUCUACCUUUGCUCAACAAUGGUGGCUGAAAUUAUUGAUCUUUCAGACUCCCCUCCAUCAUCACCCAGUUCAUCUCAUAAUACUGCAGCAAGAAUUCUCAAUUUUGAUUCUGUUUCUAAUGGAAAAAUUCAAUUUGAGAAAGUUAUUCCUAUAUCCUUAAUGGCUUGCACAAAUACCAACCAGCCCCAAAGUACUCUAUGGGCAGCUUCAGGACAUACCAAUGAGCACUCUCAGAUUGCUACUGCAUUCCAACCCAGUAUGCAACAAAGGGUUGCUACAGUACUUGAACCAGUACCUGAAUCAAUCACAUGCAUGUUUCCUCAUGGAGCUAGACUCAAGGAGCCCUGGACUCACAGAGAACAUGAGCUAUUUUUUGUGGGGCUAAUCAAGUAUGGAAGAGGUCACUGGAGCAAAAUUGCUAGACAGUUUUUGUUGAAUAAGACACCACAUCAAGUUCAGAGCUAUGGUGCUAGCUUCUUCAGGCACCUACCAUCUACACACCUACAUGAUUUUAGGAGAAGGAAGCCAACCUACUCAACAUCUAGCCUCAUGCCCAAAAACAACAAUCUUAUGGCUGCAUCUGUCUCCAUGCCUAUGAUUGUUAAUGAGCUACAACAACAAACUCACAUGCUUUUCCCGGAGAAUGCUCCUUUCCUUCUGGCCCCAUCACAUGGAGAAGCAAGUAGCAGCAACAACACCACCAUGUAUGGGUUCCAGAUGCAAACAGGUGGUGCAAGAACAUCCAUGAAUGCUAGUGCUAAUGGAGAAGUUGAUUUGGAACUGCGUUUGGGUUGAUGCCAGUGAGACUCAAAUUUGUAUAUGAUGAUGAUGGAUAAAUUAAUAUAUAGUUAGCUAGCUAUAGAUGGGAUUAAUUGUGUCACCAUUAUGUGCCUUUAUUUCGUAACUUUUUUUUUUGGUUGUCGUUUAUUUAUAAAUGUUAUCAAAGUUAUGUGUCUUCCUUUUCAUGAAAUUUGCCUUUUAUGAAAUAAAACUACUGAUGUCAAUGUUUCCUUUUU